AUGUUCUUCGACUCGUGGGAGUCUGCGGUCGACCGGGGCAGGUCCUACAAGCGGCAGCGCGACGAGGCCGCAGACCUCAUCUCGGGGCCCUGCUGGCUCAAGACCAACGUGGUGAAGGCGUGGCGCGAGGGCCGAUUCACCGACGCGCUCGUGGUGGUCGAGGGCAAGGAGUACGCGGUGCACCGCGCCGUACUCGCUGGCGCAUCCAAGUUCUUCGACCGCGCCUUCAGCGGCUCGUUCUCCGAGGCGGCGGACGCGGUUAUUCGGCUCAACAUGCCGGCCGCCGCCUGGGAGGCUGCGGCCGACUACAUCUACACCUCGGCCGUGCAGAUCGACCAGGCCUCGCUCGUGCCGCUCCUCGAGGUGGCCCGCUUCCUCGAGCUCCCCUCUCUCGAGGGCCUCCUCGUCGAUCGCAUCGCCGACGGAGUGUCUCCCGACACCUUUGACACCGCGUGGGAUGCGGCAGGCCGGCUGAACCUGAAGCCGCUGGAGAAGAAGCUGGCGACGAUGGUCGCGACGUGCAUGGAGAACGUCCGCGCCUUUGCCAUCGCUCGCGACAUGUCGUCCCUGCCCGAGCCCGUAAGGGCGGCGCUGUGCGGCGAGGCCUCGAUGCAGCUCCGAGUCAAGUACAUCCGGAUCUGCAUGCCCAGGGAUGGCUCCGCCUCUGGCUCCAAGCUGGCCGUCUGCCGCCGGACCUUCGCUCUGCUGGGCGGCACGGAGGACGUCGACGACUUGUCGAUGGAUAUUGAUAAGCAGGCCAAGGUCUCCCUCCGCUUCACGGCACCGCCCGAGGCGUGCAUCGGCUACCAACGCUUCCAGUAUGACUACCAGACGCUGGUUCUGCCCAUCGCGGCGGGCAAGGUGCUGCCUGCCUGGGGCGAGGCCGCGCCUCUCAAAGUGAGCCGUCACAUCCGCCUGCCGGUGGAGUGGACCAUCUUCAGCGUGCGCAUCGGAGACGGGGACUACCCAAAGACGGUGCACGCCUGGCCCGGCGGCCCGACGCUGCAACUCUACAAGCUCGUUGUGACGCUCAAGGAGGGCAUCACUGGCCGCAUGGGAGACCGGGUCGUCGCACGCGACUUCGACUUCGUCACCGGAGAUGCGCUAGUGCCGCUGUGGGGCCUGCUCGGGCCUCGGGCGGUGCUGGAGGUGCGCACCGAUGCCGACCCGGCCACGGAGCUUCGCGGACUGUGGCUCCCGCCAGACGGGAUCGGCAUGAAGACGCUCGCACCAGCAUGA